AGCCAACAACAGGAACCCGGAUGUUCGCCAGUUGAGCUAGUCUUACCGGUUUCCCUUUGGGCUGUCGAAUAACAAACUGUCAAGUUACAUCAGGUCGAUUAAAGACCGCGGAGCUUGCAUGGCAGUGUUGUUUCCGAAGCACUGUUUUGUCACCUUUUCCCGCAGCCGAUGCAAGUAAAAAUGACAGGAAGAUUGUGGGUUUUAUGACUAAGCUCUGUGGUAGCAUGGAGAAGCCGUGGAGGCUGUGGGGUACAGUGGAGCGCUGUGCCCUGGCCUUUGUCUCCUGGUCCUGGGGCGCCUGUCGUGUCUCCCUGCUGGCCCUCAUCCUCACUUUCCACCUCUACGGAGGUUUCAUCCUCCUGGCUCUCAUUCUGGCUUCCGUGGCGGGCAUCCUCUACAAAUUCCAAGACGUGCUCCUCUACUUCCCCGACCAGCCGUCUUCGUCGCGCCUCUACGUCCCCAUGCCGACGGGAAUUCCUCAUGAGAACGUGUACAUUCGCACCAAGGACGGUGUGAAGCUCAACUUGAUUCUACUUCGCUACACGGGAGGGGACGGGCCUCCCGGGGUCACACCGGGCAAUCAAAGCAGCAGCCCCGCCCCCUCGGCGCCGCCCACCAUUCUUUACUUCCAUGGCAACGCGGGCAAUAUCGGUCACAGAGUGCCCAAUGCCUUGCUGAUGCUUGUCAACCUGAAAGUCAACGUGGUGCUGGUGGACUACCGCGGCUACGGUAAGAGUGACGGGGAGCCCAGUGAGGAAGGCCUCCACUUGGACGCCGAGGCUACUCUAGACUACGUGAUGACUCGCCCAGAUUUGGACAAAACCAAAGUGAUACUGUUCGGCCGCUCGCUAGGGGGCGCCGUGGCCAUCCGCUUGGCGUCGACCAACCCUCACCGCGUGGCCGCCAUCAUCGUAGAGAACACCUUCCUCAGCAUCCCGCACAUGGCGGCGACGCUCUUCUCCUUCUUGCCCAUGCGCCUGCUGCCCGUGUGGUGCUACAGGAACCAGUUCUUGUCCUACCGGCAGGUGGCGCUGUGCCGCAUGCCCUCCCUGUUCGUCUCAGGCCUGUCAGACCAGCUCAUCCCGCCCGUCAUGAUGAAGCAACUGUAUGAGCUGUCGCCCUCGCGGACUAAACGCCUGGCCAUCUUCCCAGAGGGCACGCACAACGACACGUGGCAAUGUCAUGACUACUUCGCUUCCUUGGAGCAGUUCAUCAAAGACCUGCUCAAGAGCCACGCCCACGAGGAGAGCGUGCAGACCUCUGCCAGUGUCACCAUCAUCUGAUUUGUUUUGGCCCUCCAUCAAUGAGAACAUAACGUGUUCAGGGAGUGGCCAUAGCUCUCUUUUCUUACCUUCAGCCUGAGAUGAAUGCAUGCAUUUGAAACCGUGAGGUCAGAUUAUCAUGAAAGAUUACAGAAAGUUAUUACAGCUACUGAGGGGAAGUGUUUACCAUGGAAGGACUGAUACGGAUUAGUGCUGCGGUUACAUGGUAGCUCUUUGGAGUAGAGGAGCACUCUGACAAUCCCUACAAGGCCUCUCAGUCUGACUUGUAACACAUUCAUGUAAAAAAUACACACGUUUUAUUUGAUCACGAGCUUCUGUCUCAUGGUCUCGUUAAUUAUUUUCUGUCCAUUGCCAGAUCAAAUAGUGACAUGACCGAGGGAGUACAAGGGCCACAAAAACGUGCAACUUUAUAUUCUGGUAUGACUUUUCUAGAAAAUAACUGCAACAUUUUUCUAGUAGCAUUAUGACAUCUGACAUUGACUUUUUUUCCUAAAAAGAAAUUGACACUUUUUCCUCACAAUAUUACAGCAAAAUCCUGUUCUUGAAAUAUUGCUAGUUUUCUUUCUACACUUUUCUAGAAAUGAUUUUGCUCCUUUUUCCAUGUGACAUUGAUCAUUUUUCUUGGAAAGAAAUUUGACUUUCCUCUAAAAAAAAAAAAAAAAAAAAUCUUGAAGAAAUACAAUUCACUAAAAAAAUCCAAUCCACUUUAUUUAUAUAGCACAUUUAAACAACAAGAAUGUUUCCAAAGUGCUGCACAGCCAUGUUAAAAACAAUAUUUUAAAAACAAUAUUAUGUUCCACCAAUGACUGAAUAAAAACAAAAAAUAGAUAUAAAACCAAUAUAAAAAUAAAUAUGAUUAAAAACAAAUUUAAUGGGUAAAAUCAUUUAAAACAGUAAAAUAGAAAUCAAAGUGUAUAAAAAACACAGAGGACCACACAACUCACGUAGUGUCAAAAGCCAAAGAAUAAAAGUUGGUCUUAGGACGAGACUUAAAACACUCCACUGUGGAAGCAGUUUGAGCACGGAGGGGCAGAGUGUUCCAGAGCUUAGGGCCGACCACAGAGAAGGCCCUGUCUCCCCUGGUUUUAAGUCUGGACUUGGGCACCACGAGCUGGAUCUGGCACUCGGACCUCAGAGCGCGCGCAGGAGUGUAAAUUUGGAUGAGGUCCGAGAUAUACUGAGGUGCCAGUCCAUGUAAAGAAUUAAAAACAAACAGCAAUGUUUUAAAAUCAAUUCUAAAAUGAACAGGGAGCCAGUGCAAACUCUGAAGAAUUGAGGUUGUAUGCUGGCGUUUCCUGGCCCUGUUAAAAGUCGUGCUGCCUCGCUCUGGACUAACUGCAACCGGGAGAGAGCUUUUUGGCUAAUGCCAGCAUAAAGUGCAUUGCAGUAGUCCAGGCGACUUGAAAUAAAAGCAUGCACGACUUGUUCAAAAAGGUUAGAAGAUAAAAACGGUUUAACCUUUACUAAAAGACGAAGGUGAUAAAAACACGAUUUUAAAACGCCAUUGACUUGUUUGUCAAAAAAAAGUACUUGCUGUAACAUGACUUUUUCCAGACAAAAAUAUCAUGACUUUUUUUCCCAUGACAAUGUAUAACUUUAUCCCUCCCCAAGGCUUAAUUUGUAUUUUAUAUAUUUUUGCCCUUGAAGAAAAAAAAAAGACAUCCAUCCAUUUAUUAUAGCUUAUUCCCUUUGGGGCCCCGGGGUGCGCUAGUGACUGUCUCAGCUACAAUCGGGCAGAGGGCGGGGUACACCCUGGACAAGUUGCCACCUCAUCGCAGAAGACUUGUCAUAACAGUACUAAUUUAACAGUAUUUUUUUCAUCAAGUAGUUUUUAGCCUUGUAAAAUUAUAAUAAAUAAAUAAAAAAGACUGCCAUAAAAUUGCGACUAUAUAGGUCGGGAUAGAAAAGAUGAUUUUUGCAAUUUUUAUUCCCCGCCCACUUAAGAUAGUAAGACUUAUAUUAUAAUUUUAUUUUUUUUAUUACAACUUUUUUCUUCUAAAAACGAUUAACAUCUGAUGUAACUAUUCAACAUGUUUUCUUGUAACUUUCUUGACAAAAAUACAACUUCACCUUAACUCUCAACUUUUUCCCCUUUUGAUAUAAUAAAAAAAAUAAUAAUUUGAAUAUAAUUUUAAUCCUGUAACAUUUUUUAAAAUCUUUUUUUUUUUACUUAAGUGUGGCUCUUGUAUUCUUUCAUAAGGGCUUUCCUUUUAGGAACUAAACAAAAAAAAAGUAAAGCGUGAAGCGUUCAAGAAUCUAAUCCCCGCUGUUAUUAUUCCUCACGUUAUGUGGCAUUGUGACUAAUUGUUGUUUCGGCCUACAGUACGUCUCGGCCUCCCACCAUGUGCCAAAAAAAGCUGCAUUCCUUUGAAGGCCCGUAAAUGAGCUAAUAAACCUCCCCCUAAUGUCUUCCAAGGAGUCCGGCAGACGUUUGAGCAUUUGACAAAAAUUGAACGUUCACUCUAAAUAAAAACGCACAACACUAUACAAAUGCAGAGAUGUCAAAGCCAUUCACAUCUACUGUAGUGCUCUUUAGCCAUAUCUGGUGUGCUGUAACUACUAUGAAUGUAAAACAUACAUUGAAUAACAUGUCUGCUCUUCUAUUUAUCCAUCAACAAUCCGAUGUAUAUUCACUAUCAUCAUUGAGCUCACCCCUUCCUCCCCCAACAUAUGUUGGUAUUGCACUUCCGGACUCUUAGUUGCCAUGGUUACUGUCUGUCACAUAAAUGAAGCACUGGUGCUUGAAUCUUGAGUCGAAUGUGUGCUGCAAAACCACUUUGAAUGUGUUUUGUUUUUAUGAAUAACUCAUGUAAUUGCUUUAAGGAUAUGUUAUACUGGAAGCAACUUGCAGUGUUGGACUUUUUGGUUGUACAAACUUCAAAACAUUUGAAUGAUUCAUCUUCAUCAUAAGCAUGAAGAUGUCACCCAAUGACUUUUCUCUCCAUUUGCACUCUUUUUCUGCAUUACCUUUUUUUGUGCUACUGCAUUUUCACUUUGUGUGACCUGUGCUUUAAUACGCAAUAAAAUUGAUAAUGAAAGUAA